AUGGAUCAGGGCUCUUACAGCAGGCCUGACGGUCGUGGCCAUCCGACUCUCUCCGCUUCCUCGGCCGCCAACAACAACUACCAGGUCAAUGUCAGUCGCCAAAAGACCAAGAAAUGGGUCGAGGCCAAAUCGCAAAACUAUGACGGCGACGACUGGGGCGCCGACGAGUUUGACGACGAGGAACCAGAGCCGCAGCUACCUCUGUCGCCUCGCGGCGGCCCUCACUAUGGCGUCGCCCAAGGCGCUUCUGAUGUGCCGUCCCUGCAUAUUCAAACAAACCCGCCGUCGCAGCUGCCUCAGCAGCACCAGCCGUAUCCGCCGCCGCAAUCGCGACCCCCUCCUCCCGCGAACACGCAGACUCAGCAUGAGUCCAAUAACCCCUUGCAAGUACACCCGAGCUCUUCUGCACCGCAGUCUUCUGCACCGCAGUCCGCUGGCGGCUUCCAACCCCAGAGUGCUUCUUCGACAUACCCUCUGUCGCCUCGCUCGCCACCAGACAGCCUACCCUCAACCACCCCGCAAGCCGCCUCCACGAGCAAACCCCUCCCCUUUGUCCGGCCCUCGGAUAUUUAUCGACGGAUGGAGGAGGAGAAGAGUCGCGGAUCCUCUGAAAGCUCGCGCCCAAGUGCCGAAAUUGCAUCCAACGUAUCCAAGCAGAGCUCGGUUUCACCUGCAAGAACAGCUGCCGAGCCCGUCAAGCCUCAACCUCCAGCUGCUCUGUUGCCCGCGCCGCGCACUGAUAGCUAUAACUCUGUCUAUCAGGACUUGACAAAGCCUCGCGCAAGCCAUGCACCGCAGCAGCCCGCCGUAACCUCUCCACCAAGAGCAGGAGCGCCUGCACCGCCGUUUGCGACGCCCGACGCCAAUUCAUCCCUCGAUACAGUUAAAGAAGAGACAAAGCGCCUAUCUACGAGCCCCAAACUUCCAGAUCUCGCUCGCAUGUCUGUCUUCGGCGCCGACUUUUUUUCCAGUGGAUUUUCAUCGCUGUCAUCAGAGCAGAUCUCUGAGCAAAAGAUCCCCGAGGUACCCAAGGUGGCACCAGAAUUAAAAGUGGAUAAUCCUGCAGCACAUCAGCCGAACCCAUCUCUUGCAGACGCUCCGAAGGCCUCCGUGGAAAAGACCCUCUCCGCUUCAGCUCUUCCAGUCGUCAUGGAGGAUGCAUCUAUCAAGCACGAAGACGUCGAAACGACCGUAAAUCAGCCUCCGUCUAGCGCAACUACAGCUCCCGAGUCGCGGGAACCGGCCAUGCCAACGGAAUCCAAGCUAUCGGAUUCCAGCAAACAGGCGGCGACAAGAUCAUCCAUUGACACCACGCGUUCGGUUCCCUCGGCGUCAGAUAUUACUCCGACAAAGCCUCUGAAUGUACGCAAAGAGGACAGCCCGGUGCGAUCGUUCGAACCCCCACCAGCUCUUCAGCGCGAGCCGACGUUUGGUACAGAUACAUCUUCCCCCGUCAAGGAGAGCGAUAUGUUGCGAGAUGAAAUCAUCAAGACACUCAGCUCCCCAACUCAGCCCAGCAGAGAGGCAGCUGAGGCCGGAGCAGCUGACGGCGGAAGAAAGGGUUCGCAGGGCCGUACCCGGGACAGCACCUAUACUCUUACAGACUACGAUAGCUACUGGGCUGAUGCGGAUACCGCGCCCACGGCUCCCCCUCCACCGCCCAAGACGAUAUCCAUCGUACCGGAUGAAGCUAUAGAAACUACUGCGGUUGCAUCACGAGGCCCUGCUUCUGCUACCACAGAGUCUUCGGAAGAGAAGCCGAAAGUUACACCACCAGCCUCACACGAAGGUGUUGCUGCCCAAGCCGCACAUCAAGUGUCGACCGGCGCGGCUUCGGCAGCUCCUGCUGUUGUCUCUCCGAUUCCUCAGUCCGCCUCUCCGCAGCGGCCUGCAGAAGCCUCGAUUGUGUCUCCCGUUAGCACAGAUCUUCGGCGCAGAUUUUCGUGGGAAGCAGAGUAUGCAUCUAAGCCGUCACCUACGGCAGUAGAUGCUUCCGCGGCGACCGCAGCGCCGCCACCCGGGCCGGCUCCCAGCGACCCCAAACCACAACCUGAACCCGUGCCUGCCCAAGAUAGAGAGCCUGGUUCUUCUCCUGCCAAUGUCGCUACACUCCCAGCCGUCGCAGCUACGGACAGUGCCUCGCCAGUAUCAAAGCGUCUUUCGCUUGCAGACGAGAAGGCCCUUUCCACAACCACCUCGAACGAGGUUUCCGCCCCUGUCGAUGAGCACCCCGCACUAAGACUGUCUGAACCAGCACCGGCGCCAGCCUUGAGCAUGCCGAGAACCUCCAGCGCAACUGUGACUCCCUUCAAAGACAUAAUGGGCUUGAGCAACUCUUCUGAUCGAGUCGCCAAGUUCAACGAGACUAGAGUCACCUUUGCCGUCAUGGACGUUGGGCUUGACAGGUGGCUCACAUCACUUCACCAGGACCACCCGGAAUACCACUCCAAAAGCUUCAACUCGUAUCAGCCAUCUUCAACUUCCCCGACCGGAGCUCCGCAAGGAGCCUACCCCCCGGCACAACAGCCCUAUUAUCAGCAGUACUUGAACGCGAGCACCCCUAGCAGUGGGCCGUCGCCGGGUCGCCGCAUCGGCGGCAUUCCUGUGCCGUCCAAUGUAGGCGGCAGCACCUUCGGCCAUUCUGGAAACCAAAUCGGAACCAAGAGCAAGGAGCUUAUGCAUUCAGCGGGUAAAAUGGGCAAAGGACUUUUCAGCAAGGGCAAGAAUAAAUUGCGCGGGGACAAGGGCGAUGCGCACCCACCACAGCAGACAAAGGCCAAGCAUGAGCGUUCAGGCUCCUGGGCCGUUCUCAGCAGCAAACUACGUACCGAACUUUCUUCCUCGAAGGAGCACGAGCAUCCGCAUCAACACUCUCAGCAAUUUCACGACGAGUACUCGGCUGCGCCAAGACCCAGCAUGACCAUUGCGCCGCAGAUUCCAGUGCCUGAGCCUGUCUCACCGCUGCUACGUGAGGCUUCUCCAGACAAGUCCCUCCCGCCGACUCAGACUUCAGCUCAGCCAGCGAUCCCUGGCAGCCACUCCAGCAGCAUCUCUGCCGCAUCUCCGUUGGCCUCCUCUAUCCCUCCAUCCAGCCAGAUUCGCAUUGUUCCGUCCGAAACUGCACAUGAUCAUGGUAACCUGAGGUCUCCCAUCCAGGCGCCCCCCGUGGCCGAGGACAGCGGAGUGGGCAUGCUGGCCCAGCCAGAUGAGUCGGGCGAUGCCCCUAAAAGACAGUCUUCCUUUGUUGGCCUGCCCCCAAUUCGCAGAUCUUCGACCUUUGGUCUCAAGUCCAAGGCCCGUCGCGCCGCCGAACGCUUUCCGCUAGACGAAGAAGAUGGCAACGGCGUUCCUGAUCUUCCUACGGACGACGUGUUGGAACAUCCCCCAAGUCAAUCUGAUAUUCCUCGGCAGCCGCAUGGCGAGCAUACGGGCGCUCCACAUGUAGGCUCAACUUCCCAGAUUUAUCACAAAGAGGGCGCCACGACGCAGCAUCAACCGGUCACCGCUGAACACUCUCAUCAGACGCCUGCACGACAACCUACCACGGCGCCUCCGCAGCCCCAGCCUAUCCGCCCGCUUGUACACCCACCUCUAAUGAUGUACCCUGGGCAAUCAGGGCCCUGGAGACUUGAAGAGAGCCACCUGGCGGAGCCCCUGCAUCAGGCGAAGAACCGUUCCUGCCACAGUCCCAUAUCUCCAUCCAUGAAUUAUGACUUCGACAAGGAAACUGAACACUCGGCGAUGAUGCCGCCACCGCCGCUACCCUCAGGUAAUGCGCGAUCGCGCAACACAGACGUUCCACCCUCAUCUGCUCAGCGCUACCCCGGCCUCUUUGCGCCUCGACCUGACGAGGAGCCUUUACAACGCCCGAUCUCGCAGGUAUACUACGAAGAGAAGGUGAAUCCGCGCCACAGUGGCAACGAGUACUCCAUUCCUGGCGUCGGCCCGCCCACGGAAGAGAGAGGCCGCGCCAAGCGAAACUCGGGCAUGUUUAAGGAAAUUGGUGAUAAGAUUGCGCGCGCUACCUCACGCGACCGAAGAAACUCGUUUGUGGAGAGUCGGCCUCCCGCCGAUUCGCGUGCUGAUGGAGCUUCUGAAUCGAGUGUUGGUACGGAGGAGAUACAGGACCGCAGGAAGCGCCGAUCCAGCUUCUUCAAUGCGCUUACCGGUCGCGCGUCUAUGGACCCGGGACCUCAACAUGACCUUUCUGCUCUUGAGCGGUCUCAAACUGAAAGCCUUCCCCUGUCUUCGACAGGGGAUCUUGGCUCUGCCCGAAAGCGCUCGAUGCUCGCUAGUGUCGUGACUGGCUUUGGUGGAAACAAGACCAGCACGCCGAACGCUGCCACAUCGGGUCUUGCAAGCCCGGUAGGAGACGAUGAGCCUCCGUCAACGCCCAAGAAGAAGCGCUUUUCUGGUAUUGCCAAGGCCUUUCAGCGACCCAAUCAGGAGCGCCCUUCUUCUGGCAUGUCGAAUGCAUCCGAGCACAGCCGCCGGGCCUCGUUCUCUAACCUGCUCUCCACUUUGACUGGCAGCAAGAGCCAGCUAUCCGAGCAGUCGCACGCUGUGGCGGCUCCGAGUGUAGGAGGCGUUCCUUCCAAUGAUCUGCCCCAGAAUGUUCCUCCCGCUCCCCAUCAGAUCCACCCUGCAGAUGGCUUCCCAGCAGCAAAGCGCGACAGUGUUUCCGCUCCUAGCCCACACGACCAGCGCCUAGACCAGAUGAAGCCGCUCUUUACCGCGGAUGAAAACAAAUGGGGCAUCGAGCGUCCUCCUACGUCUACAACAGUCACGGCCAACGAGGCCAAGGCUGACACUGGCCAAUCUCCCACCAGCACCAACCUACCUCUACGAUCUGUCGAUCCAAGUGCCCAGAGUCAUAAUCCUACUGCUCCAUCCGAAAUAUCGGAUUCAGAAACGGAUGUCACCGAGAAUGCUCGCAAACCGUCCGAUGUCACGCCCUCAGUCACAUCUGGCGGCGACGUAGAGAGUGCCGACGCCAACGUCAGCCAGAUUACGCCUACCAUUGUCACAGAUGUACCACGGCAGGGGGAGCAGCAGCAGACCCCUACCGCCCAAUACCCGAAUAGUCCCGGCGGCUACUUUAUCCACAACAGGAUGCAGAGUUCGGCUCCUCUCUCUGCAGGCUCUCAAGGAUAUCCUCAGGGGCAGCUCAUGCAGCCCCAGCAAGAUCCUCAUCGCUCGCUGGCACCGGCAGGCGGGGAAUAUGGUCAGGGAAUGAGCCGGCCUGCACCCGGACCGCAGUACAGCCAGUAUGUCCAGCAGCCUACGCCACAGCUCAAUCAUUACCAGCAACAGCCACAGCAGUAUACUCAGCCUGUAUUUGACCAGCCUGCAUCACGUGCUGAGCAAGGGAGUGCAUCACCCAAGGGGUGGAAGGGCCUCAAGACGCGAAUGGCUGGUCAGAUGGCCAGCAUGAGCCAGUCCUCCCCGAACAGCAAGAACCAGAGCAAGGGAGACUCCCCGACGAGCGACAAGCUUAGAGGUGCAUUCAAGCGGUUGUCGAAGCAGCAGGGUACACCGGACACCCAGCAGCAAGGAGGAGAGCAAGCACCAGGCUCCCGUGGGUUCGCAGGGAGGGCAGGACAACAGCCCCAUCAACAGAUGCAGCCCCAGCACAGGCAACCCCAGUACAUGCAACCCCAGCACAUGCCGCCUCGACAGAUGACGAUGGGUCAAAGACCUUAUCAAGAACCUUACUCCCAGCAAGGCGCCUCUCAGCAACAGACAUCCAUGAAUGCGCCGCAGCAAUCGCAUCUUAACCAUCAGCAGCAUUCGUACGCUGCUGUUCCGAUCCCCCAGGGCUACACAACCAUUCGAGGCCAGGGCUACGCGCAAGUCCCUACAGCGUACGCUUCUACACGCCAGCAUCCUCAAUACCAAUCGCCAAAUGCGCAGCAACAAAGCUUCGCGGGCCACGACCAGACUUCCCCUAUUGCUGGUAGCUACCAGCAGAGUAAUGGACAUGCCUCAGGCCCAGGUCAGCCUCAGUCUGCCGUGACGGAGCCGCAGCCUCGCGCGCCUGUCUCUCAGCAGCCUUUCGCAAAUACAAGUGAUGCUCUCAGCCCAAUAUCCACGACGCAGCACAGUGGCAGCAUGACUUUCAGCCCUUCUUCUGACGAGCUUCGCAGUCCUCGCGUGGCCCUUACUGAGGAAGCGCUGGCACAGCAGAAUGCUCGCAAGGACCUGCAAGCUCCUCACCUUCGCCCAGAUGAGAACCAGACAGGCCUUGGACCUUCGAACAGCAACCGCGUGAGCCAAGUCUCCGUGGACAGCCGCAGACACGGGCCUUCCCCCAAGUCUGAGCCGUCGCCUGUCGCUAGCUACAAGCAGCUGCAAACCGGAAGGACUUCAUCAGCCUCCCCAGUCAGGGAGCGACUCGUUUCCGCAGCCAGCAUUUCACCUCCUGCGGGCUCCGGCUCUGACGUUGUCAGCCCCAUCAUGACCGCGACUCGCGCCGAGACCAGCACACCUGCCGCAGCCCCUCUUGUUAGAGACCUGACGGGUGACAGCAGGGGCCAGGUCUCGGACGAUUCCUUGGAGAAAAAAGGCAAGCUAGACAAGACGAUAGCGACCACGGUCAGGCCCGCGACAGAGCACGUCGUAGAGCUCGAGGACACGGCGGAGGCGCGCCAGCGUACGCUCCGACUAGACGCGCAAGAGGAGAAGAUUGCAUACGACCCAGAAGAAGAGAACCCGAAGAUGGCGGCGACGAGCUAUCCCGGCCAAGAAUGGAAUCCGUAUGGUGAGCCAGGGUUUAGUGAAUGGCAUGAGUAG